CUGGACAGUACUUCCUGUGGUGGAUACUGUCACGUGUUAUUUACGGAGGGAAUCCACUGGCUGGAAUUGAUCUCCAUUUUGACACGUGUGUCGACAACGGACAAGAGUACGGCAACAAAGAAAUGUGGAGCCCUGAACCUUGCCGGAUCUGCGUGUGUGAGUCGGGCCGCGCCAUGUGCGAAACCGUGCUUUGCGAUGACCUGGGCGACUGCGCUCAAACCGUGACCCCGGAAGGCGAGUGCUGCCCGGUGUGCAUCACCUCAGCGGUGUCUUCCACCGUAGACCCGUCCGCAGCUCCCGUGGAAGGCGCGAGUUGCGACGUGGAGGGCGAACUCCACCCCCACAACGACAUGUGGAAGCCCGUGCCGUGUCGAGUGUGCGUGUGCGACAACGGCGUCAGCAUCUGCAGCGACGUGCAGUGCGAGGUUGUCCCCAACUGCCAUAAGAUGGUCACGCCGGACGGCGAGUGUUGCCCGGUGUGCGACAAUCUGGCCAGCGCCACCAGGCACAUCGAAAUCAUGGGCUACAGGGGCCAGAAAGGUGAACCCGGCGAUAUCCCCCAUUUGGUGGGAAUCCCCGGACCUCAGGGGCCGUCUGGUCCUCCAGGAGCUCAGGGAAGGCCCGGACAAAGAGGCUUCAAAGGCAGGAGGGGUUUCCAAGGACCACAAGGUUUUGAUGGAGAGCCUGGCAUACCCGGAAAUCCAGGCGAGCCGGGCCCCCCAGGUUACCCUUCCCUCCCUGGGGGCAACUUUGUGUCCCAAAUGGCGUCGGGUUUCAACGAGAAGGCGGCGGGUCAGACCGCCAUGCUGACGGGAAACAGGGGUGAAGCAGGACCACGAGGACCACCUGGAGCCAGCGGAGUGACGGGUCCAAGCGGAGGACAAGGACUCCCAGGAGAGCAUGGCGAGCCGGGACAAAUGGGUGAACCAGGCGUGAGAGGACCUGAAGGAUUGACGGGAAAACCUGGACCAGAUGGGGAAACUGGACCCCAGGGUGCUGCAGGAGAAACUGGAUUUCCGGGAUCAGUGGGCGCUCGCGGGUUGCCAGGUACACCAGGUCUCCCUGGCCAUAAAGGUCACAAGGGUGUUAUGGGCGCUAUUGGAUCCAGGGGUGAGUCCGGUUCUGUCGGUGUCAAGGGUGGGUCUGGAACGCCUGGUACCAUGGGUGCCCCCGGUCCAGUGGGACCGCCAGGAUUACUCGGAGAAAGGGGAAGAGCAGGGCAAUCUGGACCUCCGGGAAAACGUGGUGCCGCAGGACAUGCUGGCAAACCGGGUCCUCUGGGUCCUAUUGGAAUCGCUGGCGUUCCGGGAUUCCCAGGUGUCCCAGGACAGAAGGGUGAAGUAGGACCAAUUGGCGUGAGAGGAAGUCCCGGGCAGCAGGGACCUAGAGGAGAUGCCGGCCAUGUUGGACCACCAGGACCCACUGGACAUCAGGGCGCCGUGGGACCGGAUGGGGCCCCAGGACCAAGGGGCACAACCGGUCUAGCAGGCAUCCAAGGUCCAUCAGGGAUUAUUGGCCCAGUUGGACCCCCAGGCCCUCAAGGAACCACAGGAGCACAUGGACCCAAAGGCCAAGAUGGUGACGGGGGCGUAGCGGGUGUCAAAGGGGAAGCUGGACUUAAAGGCGAAAGAGGGGACCAUGGUAUUCCAGGUGGAAUUGGCCCCAUGGGGGAUGAAGGGAAACGUGGACCUCGAGGUGAUGCCGGGUCUGUGGGUGACCCAGGACUUCCAGGCGAGACCGGCACCCCUGGUAAUCGCGGGUUCCCCGGCACGGAUGGUUUCCCUGGUGCAAAGGGAGCGCAGGGUGAGCGAGGCCCGCCGGGUACUGCUGGAACAAAAGGCCUGACAGGAGACCCGGGACGCCCCGGAGAGCCCGGUUUGACUGGCGCUCGGGGUCUGUCUGGAAUUCUCGGUUCGGGCGGAGAGGAAGGCAAACCAGGACCACAGGGUGCAGCAGGUGACGACGGAAAAUCGGGCCCGGCCGGUUCCACAGGAGGUCGAGGUUUAGCUGGACCCAUGGGCUUGCCAGGACCAAAGGGUCUCGCUGGAGACGGUGGGAAGAACGGCGAGGCUGGUAGUCCCGGACCACCGGGUCAAAGGGGAGGGAACGGAAAAGAUGGCGAGGAGGGCGCUGCCGGUCCGACUGGCCCAGCGGGUCCUGCCGGGAAGAGAGGCGAACAGGGACCACAGGGUCCGAUUGGAUUCCAGGGUUUGCCUGGAGUGCCAGGCCCACCUGGAGAAUCUGGUAAACCAGGAAGUGAGGGACUCGCCGGAGAGGAAGGUGCUGCCGGAGCUUCAGGAUUGAGAGGAGAAAGAGGCGCUCCAGGGGAAAGAGGUGAAACUGGACCCAAAGGACUGCUGGGACCUAAAGGUAGUCCAGGUAGCCCAGGCCCAGAUGGACUGAAGGGAAAAUCGGGUGUGAAGGGAGCUUCUGGAGAAACAGGAAGUCCAGGACUUCAGGGGAUGCCGGGUGAAAGAGGCAUCUCCGGGGCCUCAGGUCCAAAGGGGGAUGUUGGCGCUGUUGGGGACGCAGGACAGGAAGGCAAAGCUGGAGUUGAUGGCACUCGGGGUGCAGCUGGUCCUGUAGGACCCCCAGGUUCCAUUGGACCCAAUGGUGCCAAGGGUGAACCAGGCUCCCCGGGACCCAGCGGGCGCCGAGGAACAAGAGGCGUACCUGGUUCGGGAGGCCCACCUGGUUCGACUGGUGCUGCCGGUUUCCCUGGAUCUCCUGGUGCUGAGGGUCAACCUGGGGCCAAAGGUGAAACAGGGGAGCCAGGUCUUAAGGGAGAGGCAGGACCACCCGGACCACCAGGACUAGCUGGAAUACCCGGUGUACAGGGUCCAGUAGGUCUGACGGGACUGAAAGGGGGCAGAGGAACUCAGGGUGCAGUGGGUUCUCCUGGUUUCCCUGGCUUACCUGGAGGUGUGGGACCACCUGGUUCCCUUGGAGCUGUUGGUGCAGACGGUGCCAUCGGUCCUCCAGGAAAGCAGGGCACCGCUGGUAUUCGUGGUGAAAACGGGGGCCCUGGACUUCAAGGUGAGAUCGGAGCUCCUGGCCCUGCGGGUACCCCUGGAGAGAAGGGGGACUCUGGUGAAGAUGGUUCUCCGGGUCUUACUGGACCUCCGGGACCUGCCGGCGCCGCAGGGCAGCGAGGUCUUGUGGGUCAGCCUGGAAUCAGAGGAGAAGGCGGAAUGCCAGGCCUGUCUGGUCCGGCGGGUUUACCUGGAAAAGCUGGCGCUCCUGGAGUUCAAGGCGGCAAAGGUCCACCCGGUGGAGUUGGUCCAGUGGGGGCUACCGGCGCAAGAGGAGAUGCGGGUCCAGAGGGCAUUGGUGGUGAAGAGGGGCCCCCGGGGACCGACGGACUCCUAGGAGCAAGGGGUGAUCGAGGUAAUGCUGGUCCUGAGGGCUUGGCAGGGGGCCCGGGUUCCCCAGGAAACGAGGGUCCGGUCGGUGUUACGGGUAGUCCAGGACAAAGAGGGGCGGAUGGUGGCAAAGGCUCUCCGGGACCUCAUGGACCACCUGGAGUCCGAGGCAAAGUGGGCCCACAAGGACCACAGGGAGAGAAAGGAUCAGCAGGAGAACAAGGAGAGAGGGGCCAGAAAGGUCACAGAGGUUUCACGGGUCUCCACGGUUUGCCAGGAAACGCUGGCGCCACUGGUGAUGUGGGCACUCGAGGUAUUGUUGGACCAUCUGGACCAAGGGGACCUCCAGGGGUGGUUGGUCCACCUGGAAAGGAGGGAAGCAUGGGCCAGCCAGGAGCAAUGGGAGCGCCGGGAAGCAGGGGAGCCAGCGGUGACGUCGGAGUUCAGGGUCCCCAAGGAGAACCAGGACCUCCAGGACCCCCGGGUCCACCUGGACCCCCCAGUGCAGCUGUGAAGGAAUUCUUUGCAGCUCCUGUGGAUUACGAUGACAAUGGCGUGCCGGAAGCUGUGGAAUUCUAUAAGGAUGACGUAGCAGCCAACGCGCCGCCGCUCCCGGAAUUUAACAAAGAUGAAGUCCUUCUUAAUGACAGUCCCGCUAACGUCGAUGUCUCACUGAAGACCCUCAGCAGGCACGUGCAGAACCUACGUAGUCCAGAUGGGACCAAGGAGAAUCCUGCAAAGACGUGUCAGGACAUCAAGCAAUGCUAUCCUCAAAAAACAAGCGGCCAGUACUGGAUCGAUCCAAACCAAGGAAGCACAAAAGAUGCCAUCCAGGUCUUCUGCAACAUGGAUAACGGUGAAACUUGCAUCUCGGCCAAUCCAGCCAAUAUUUCCCGCAAGGCCUGGUGGACAAAGUCCACUCCCAGCGCCAACAAACCCGUCUGGUUCGGAGCCCACAUGAACGGCGGAAUCCGAUUCCUGUACGGCAACAGCGAGGAGCAGCCCAACACGGUGGCGGUGCAGAUGAAGCUGCUGCAGCUCCUCUCCAAGGAGUCCCGCCAGACCCUCACCUACCACUGCAAGAACAGCGUGGCCUACAAGGACGCCAAAGGCGCCCUGAAGAAGGCGCUGAUCCUGAGAGGCGCCAACGGUCAGGAGCUGAGGGCGCAAGGCAGCAACCGCCUGCGAUACGCCGUGUCCGAGGACGGCUGCGCGAAAUCGAACGGCGGCUGGGCUAAAACCGUGUUGGAAUACAGAACUCAGACUCCGGUAAGGCUGCCCGUAACGGACGUGGCGCCCAUGGACAUCGGAAAAGCCAAUCAGGAGUUCGGUCUCGACAUCGGACCCGUGUGCUUCUCGUAAAAAUUAGAGUCAAAAGUAAGAGAAUCUAAGAAAAUGACUCCACUUCCUGCGAGCGCACGAGUGGACGAAGGUUACACGAGAGACGCGUGACGGGUAAAAAAUGGCGCCAUUAUUUAUUCAUCUUGUCCGUGAAACCUUCACGGCGUCUUUGGAGUGAGGAUGUUCUCAACAAACGGCUAAUACUCGGAAAAUGGAACCAGCGAAAUUGAGAAAAAAAAGCCUCACCAUCGGAUUUUUAUCCCAUCAAAUUCCCAAAACGAUUUUGUUGUAGAACCCGAUGCUAAAUGCUAAAUGCUAAACCUCAACUGUAAAUGCUACACAAAUGUAAAUGUAAAUGUAUUUCAUUGUUGUUGA